AUGGAGAAUGAGGAGGCAGUGAGUGAGAGUGACUUGGAGGCAUUUUCAUCUUCAGAAGUUACUCUCGGACCUAGCGUAUUGAGUAUAGAGAAGACGGAGGAUGAGGAGGCAGUGAGUGAGACUGACUUGGAGGCAUUUUCAUCUUCAGAAGUUACUCUCGGACCUAGCGUAUUGAGUAUAGAGAAGAUGGAGGAUGAGGAGGCAGUGAGUGAGACUGACUUGGAGCUUAUCCACGGCAUGGAGGAGUUAGUGCGGGUUUUGGUCGAGCAGCAGAGGGAGCUCAUGGCCACCACGAAACAAGUGCUUCCGGCGUUGCUCUCCACGCAGUGUGCUCCAGCGCUGUUCCCUCCUCUCUUUCCUCCGUAUGACCAGACGGCGGAGCAUUGGGACGCGUAUGAACAUCGCCAGAAGAAGAAGGAUGAGGAGAAGAAGGAUGAGGAGAAGAAGGAUGAGGAGAAGAAGGAUGAGGAGAAGAAGGAUGAGGGGAAGAAGGAUGAGGGGAAGAAGGAUGAGGGGAAGAAGGAUGAGGGGAAGAAGGAUGAGGGGAAGGAGGAUGAGGGGAAGGAGGAUGAGGGGGAGGAGGAUGAGGGGGAGGAGGAUGAGGGGGAGGAGGAUGAGGGGGAGGAGGAUGAGGGGGAGGAGGAUGAGGGGGAGGAGGAUGAGGGGGAGGAGGAUGAGGGGGAGGAGGAUGAGGGGGAGGAGGAUGAGGGGGAGGAGGAUGAGGGGGAGGAGGAUGAGGGGGAGGAGGAUGAGGGGGAGGAGGAUGAGGGGGAGGAGGAUGAGGGGGAGGAGGAUGAGGGGGAGGAGGAUGAGGGGGAGGAGGAUGAGGGGGAGGAGGAUGAGGGGGAGGAGGAUGAGGGGGAGGAGGAUGAGGGGGAGGAGGAUGAGGGGGAGGAGGAUGAGGGGGAGGAGGAUGAGGGGGAGGAGGAUGAGGGGGAGGAGGAUGAGGGGGAGGAGGAUGAGGGGGAGGAGGAUGAGGGGGAGGAGGAUGAGGGGGAGGAGGAUGAGGGGGAGGAGGAUGAGGGGGAGGAGGAUGAGGGGGAGGAGAAGAAGAAUUAG